AUGGCACAUGCCCGGCUUUCCCUCCCCCGUAAUUUUCACCGCGUUUCCCUCGCUUGCUAUUAUCCCCCUUCCUCCCGCCCCACUGUCGCAACACGAACCUUUGCGUCCAGGCGAGCCGCCGCCAUCUCGACACCUUCGGGCCUAGAUUCGGACCACCACCUGUCGGCGGCUAGAGAAUGGGCCGCUAGGCUCAAUUCAAAGGCCAUCACCAUCCCGCGUGACAUCUGCGAGAUUUCCUUUAGUCGUUCUAGUGGCCCUGGAGGUCAAAACGUGAACAAGGUGAACUCGAAAGCCACAUUACGAGUCCCCCUCAAAUCUUUACUGCCUUUCGUCCCCGAACUUCUACAUGCCCCGCUGCAAGCGUCUCGAUACGUCGCCGCGAAAUCCCAGAUUCUGGUCAUUCAAUCGGAUGAGUCGCGCAGACAGACCGCCAACGUGGAGGCUUGCUACGAUAAGCUCCACCAGGUCCUCAAGAGCAUAGCAGAGGACACGAUCCCCGGAGAGACUUCGCAAGAACAACGUGACAAGGUACAAAAAUUAAAGAAAGCUGCAAACGAAGCCCGCAUCAAGUCGAAGAAAUUGCACAGCAGCAAAAAGAGCAGCCGACGGGGUAGUUAUGACGACUAA